AUGGCUAUGCGGACCCUGCGGAAGAUUGGCGACUACAUAGCACCUCCUGCUGCGAAAAGUGACGACGGCCGUGACCAAUGGCCCUCGCGAGCAGCUUUUUUACUUGCUGCUAUGGGGGGUUGUGCUGGACAAGGAAACUUGCUCAGGUAUCCAAGUGUGCUUUACAAUAACUAUGGGCUCCAGUGGUUCAUCCCAUAUCUACUGGCCGUAUUUCUCAUCGCCAUUCCAGCGCUUAUCCUCGAAGUGUCGAUUGGCCAAGCGUACCGGGGUGGAACCGUCAUUGCGUUCAACAAUGUGCACCGUCGCCUGAAGGGUGUAGGCAUGGGCCCAGUCAUUGUCAGUUUCCUCGUCGUGCAAUACUUCACCGUCAACCUGGCAUGGAUCAUGCAGUACUUCCGGUACAGCUUCACCAGCCCGUUGCCAUGGGAAAACCGGAUCGACGAAUUCUACUAUCAAGACGUCCUUCAACGUGGAGAUAUCAACGAGGGAAGCCUUAGCGCAGACGGAAAUUCAGUAGCCCAGUUUACAGGCUAUCCCAACGGAGCGCUUCUCGGCGAAACUGUUGGCUGGAGCAUCUUUGUCUGGUUCCUCAUUUGGAUCUCCAUCUUCCGCGGCGUUGGAAUGACAGGCCGAGUCGUCUACUUCACUAUGGGCCUCCCGAUUGUCACCACCAUCAUCUUUGUCGGCAGGGCAUUGUCGCUUGAAAAUGCAAGAGAAGGCGUCGAUCUCGUGUGGAGAACUUGGAGGAGCGACCAACUUGCCUCUGGUGCUGUGUGGCAGACAGCUGUCGGUCAAGUAUUCUUCUCGACUGGUAUCGGGUUUGGAUACUUUACCUCGUACGCCAGCUACAACACCAAGCACGCAAACGCCGUCAUGGAUGCAUGUCUGAUUUGCGGUAGCAAUGUGCUUUUCGAGAACUUUGCGGCCUUUGCUGUCUUUGGCGUUGUUGGCUUCCUCCGCAGAUGGCCACAGGACGGCGAACGACUCGGGGCUUUUGUCGUGGGAUUCUUGACGCUACCCGAAGCCGUGCUGCAGAUGCCAGGGGCCAAUUUCUGGGCUAUACUCUUGUUUUUUACACUCGUGGUCCUCGGAUUCAGUUCGGCUUUUGUCAUGCUUGACGUUGUUGUCACACUGGUCUGUGACUCUGGUAUGGUCAAGGCAUCGCGGCCCGUGGUUGUUACUGCACUUACCAUACUUUCUUUUCUCAUGUGUCUGCCAUACUGCACAGAGUUUGGCUAUUACUUGCUCGAUGGCAUCGACCGAUGGGUCAACAACGUCGCACUCAUCUUCGUUGUGUGGAGCGAAGUCUCCAGCGCCACCACUUUAUACCGCUGGAAAGACAUUGCCGAAAAGACGGGUCUUCCAGCUUUUGUGGUCUACAACGUAGGUUUCUUUGGUGCCCAGGUACUGGGUAUCAGCCUGGCUCAUGGGAUCGGUAACCCUGGAGCUGGUGCCGGGGCUGGCAUUGGUCUGUACUUUCUCAUGGCUAUCGUAGCCGUCGUAAUAGCGCGAACGCCCGAUGUUCCUGCACCUUCCUUCUGGAACCGCACUGCUUUUACCAGAAAGUUCUGGUAUCUUGCCUUCUAUUCAGGUAACCAACUCCGCCGCGACCUAAACGUUAUCGUUGGCCAGGGCAAAAACUGGAAAAUUCCUGCCUUUAUGCCUUUCCUGUUACGUUACCUCAGUGGUCCAGUGCUUGCCAUCAUCUUUUCCUUUGCAUUUCCAGAGUUCCACACUCUACGCUACGACCCCAUGAUGAUUGCUGGGUUCAUCUUGUCCAUUCUGACCGUCAUUGUCAUCCUGAUUGGCUUGGUGAUGCCUCGAUACUACGAUGCAUUUGUUCCCGUCCAUCGGCGAUCCGAGGGUGCUGAGCCAACGGUACCAAUGCAAAUCAAGGGCGAAUUGGCCGGCAGACCAACUGCGGAUACUGUCACUGCAGAGCAGGGAGAUUUCAGUAUUAUGCGGGACUCAUCUUCAGGACAAGAGCUGGGAGAUGAAAAGCAUGUCAAGAAGACAGGCUUGGAAUGA